AUGGAAUUUGAAACACAAAGAAAUUGCUCAGUCAACGACUUCGAACUCUUAAAAGUAAUUGGAAAAGGCCGAUAUGGAAAAGUCCUUUUAGUCAAGAAAAUAAUAACAGGCGAAUUAUUUGCAAUGAAGAUUCUAAAAAAAAAAUAUAUCGCAGAAUGCAGACAAAUCGAGCAUACAAGAACAGAACGAAAAAUUCUUGCAAGUGUCGACCAUCCGUAUAUUGUAAAAUUCUUCUACGCUUUUCAAAGUAACGAAAGGCUUUAUUUAAUCCUUGAAUAUUGUUCGGGUGGUGAAUUGUUUUUCCAUCUUAACCGAGCUCGUCGUUUUGAUGAGCAAAGAGUUAAAUUUUAUAGUGCUUGUCUUGUCCUUGCGAUUGAACAUUUACACAGCAAAAAUAUCAUUUAUAGAGAGUAAUUCUUAUGUAGCUUGAAGCCGGAAAACGUUUUAAUUGAUGAAGAUGGGUUCCCUAAAAUCACUGAUUUCGGCUUGUCAAAAGAAAAUUGUACUGAUGGAAGAUCUGCAAGAAGCUUCUGCGGAACUGCUGAGUAUUUGGCACCAGAAGUGAUAAUUAAGCAAGGGUAUGGAAAAGCUGUUGAUUGGUGGUCACUUGGAUGCAUAAUAUAUGAAAUGUUGAUUGGGCUGCCUCCAUUUUAUCAUGAGAACAAAAAGUAUGUAUACAUGAAAAUCCUUUCAGAGGAGCCACUUUUGCCUGAUUUUUUGUCACUUCCAGUAAAGAAUUUGUUGACUAGCUUGCUUCAUAAAGAUCCGAAUCGAAGACUAGGGGCUAGAGGGGCUGAAGAAAUUAAAACAAACAUUUGGUUCUUUGAUGUUGACUGGGCCGCUUUAGGAGCAAAAAGAGUCAUGCCUUCUUUUGUUCCUAAUAUUUCUGACCCUGCCAAUAGUCGAUAUUUCAGUGAAGAAUUCACUAGCUCAGCUAUAAGCGCUGCAUCACCUAAUUCAUUAUCACCAAGAAACUCCAGUCCAACUUAUGACGGGUUUUCAUAUUCCUGUAGUCCUUCAGAGUCCAAAUGUGUUUUUGACAAUGAAUUCACAAUAAGAGAGGAAGAAGGACAGCCAAUUGUUUAA